AUGAAGUCAUCCAAACCCAAGACUGGUAUCUUCUGUUUCUUAAUUGAGGAGGUGAGAGAGACGACAGCAUUAGAACUUCCCGAAAGAGAAAACACGAUAGUUCUGAAGUCGGUCGGUAACUUAGAGUAUGUUAUCCAAGCUCAGAGUCAACAGGACAUGCAAUCAUGGCAUGCCAACAUUAACAACUGCAUGAGGACAAGUAUCAAUGCUAACCUGCUAAGUGGGAGAACCAAUGGCUUGUCUAAUGGCGAUGCAGUUCCUACUACCACCAAUGGUAAUGUUGGCAACGUGGGCAACAUUGCCAACAUUGGCAAUGCUGUAAACACUGGUGGUAGCCAAGGGAGUGUUGGGAGUAGUCUCGCAGGGGACAGGAUUCCACCAAGGUAAGAUUCUGAGGUUAUAAAACAUAUACAUUUAAGAGAUGAUCAAGAAAGGGAUCUGGAGAAAGAGGAUAGUGAUAGAUUUAGGAGAGAUGGAGAGAGAUAGGGGAAUAUGGAGGCAAGAAAGGAAGGGGGGUGCUACCUUCCAUUUAUUGAACAUCAUGUGCCUAUGGUCCUUUUUAUUUCUAAAAACGCCUGCUUUUUAUCUCCAAAUGCGAGGAUUGUAUCUUGGAGGUUCACCAAAUCUGUCUCCAAUCAAAUUGUGCCCAUGUCAGUCAUGAGGGGAAUGCCCAAUCGGCCCUCUUGCUUCU